AUGAAGGACACCUCCCAAUCCAAUACUGACGACGCCGGCAUCCACCAGCUGCCCGGCGACGACCAUGUCUGGCACAAUUGCGCCCUCGGGCCCUUCCAAGACUGGCCCUCUGCUCUCAAAGCACAUGUCUUGACCGUAUCAAACCUCCCGUAUCCUGCUGCCAUCCUCUGGGGGAACCAGUACAUCCUGCUGCACAACCACGCCUGGCAAGAUGCUGCCGAGAUUCACCAACAGGGGCUUCCCCAAAGGGAUUCACUCUCGCCAGCCAUCGUCGACAUCUUCCGCAGCGUGGCCGAGGGGAGAAUACCGAAAGAAGUGCAGAGCCGCGACUUAAUCAAGGAGAAGGCGCUGGCUAUCAAGCAGGCCUCGACCGCCAUCCUGAGCCCUUUGCUUGCGGCGAGCCAGAGGCAUGCAGAAGGCAUAUUGGUCCAACUACUGCCUCAGCCCAUGCUCUAUCAAUCACUGCAGCUUUCCAGUGACAGCAAUGGAGCAAACGGCAAGUGUUGCGGCAACGAAUGUGAGCUAGAUGGAGACGUCGCUCGAACCGUCGACAAUACACCUAUUGACGAGCAUCCAUUCUUCCGCCGCUUUGCUGAGAUGCUGCCGUCGGGUCUUGCCAUACUGGACAAAAACGCCCAGGCAGUCUUCGUCAACCAACACUUUUACGACCUAACGACCAGCCGCAACGAUCACAAGGCCUUUACCAGCUGGCCGCAGUCUAUCCACCCAGACGACUACGAUCGGGUCAUGCAAGCGUAUCAAGAGGCGUUCGCGUCACAAAAGCAGUUGCGUACCGAGUUCAGAGCCAUGGGAGCGAAACAUCCCUGGCGACUUCUGCUACUAACUCCCUUGGGUGAUGAGAACCUCCAACACGUCAGUCUGCGCGAGUAUGGAGGGUUCAUCUGUAGCAUCGUAGACAUCACGUCUGAAAAGUCGGCCGAAAUAUCGGAGAGAGAAGCCGCCAACCAAGCGAGAGAGAGAAAACAAACUCAGGAAAGAUUUCUCGAUAUGAUAAGCCAUGAGAUUCGCAAUCCCCUCUCCGCCGUCCUCCACUGUGCUGAGGAGAUCAGCGACGCAGUGCGGGACAAUAAGCAAAUCGAAGGGAUCGCUGUUAAUAUCAUUCGGGAGGCGGUCGAGACGAUCCAUCUUUGUGUCACUCACCAGAAGAACAUUGUCGACGACGUGCUCAGUUUCAGCAAAUUGGACGCCUCCUUGCUAUCAUUAAAACCCAAGCCCUCCCAACCCAGCCGUCAGCUGGCGAGUACCUUGAAGAUGUUCCAGCACGAAUUUCGCAAAGAGAAUCUUAAAUUUGGCGCCACGACCGACGACACCUACCAGGAAUACAACGUGGACUGGGUGCUGGCAGACAUUGCUAGAAUAUCUCAGGUCCUGAUCAAUCUGAUCACAAACGCAAUCAAGUUCACGAACAAAGUCGAAGGCCAGCGGCAGGUACAUUGCUACAUUGGUGCGAGCAAAGAGCGACCGCCAUCGUACCCGCGCGAUGUUGUCUACUUCGAGAGCGACUCGGUGGCAUACAAGAUGGACGCAACUAAUAGCACUGAAUGGGGCAGCGGCGAUCCAGUGUACAUUACAGUUGCAGUGAAAGAUACAGGAAUUGGAAUCAGCGCUGAAGGACAGAAACGGCUUUUCGAGCGAUUUCGGCAAGCAACGCCAAGGACAGAGGAAGUGUACGGGGGAUCUGGCCUUGGACUAAAUAUCAGUCGAAAGAUCUGUCACCUACACGGCGGCGAGAUAGGAGUCUCGUCGAAAGAGGGUGAGGGGAGUACUUUCGCAUUCUACUUCAGAGCCCGUCGCAUCGAAGGGCCGCCUGACGGUCAAGACGACGAUGCAGGGAAGCUAGAAGAUGAGGACAACGAAGAAAAGGUGAAGGAGAAAAUCCAUGAACUCAGGGAGAAGAAUCCAGACGAAACGAUUUCCAAGGAGCCCUUUGCAUGGACCUCUGGCGAUAAAGAAUCUCCGCAACAGAAGUGGUCGAAAAAGGAGCAGCUCGAAAGCAUACGAUCCCCUACUAAUGAAGAUGGCAAUGCAGCUGGUAAAGGCGGGUCUGAAAACGCGGUUCGACCCUCGCUCUCCACCGUGCAGCAGGGUAGCGAGAAAAUGGUGUCUCGCGACGUUGGUUCUGAAGCAUCACCUGGCGUUGACGAACCCGACCGACCUGUUACCAGUUUUAAUCAACAGGGCUCAAGGGCGCAUGUGCUCUUGGUGGAAGACAACAUCAUCAACCAGAAGAUACUUUACAGAAAGCUAGAGGCCAAAGGCUUCAACGUCACGACAGCGAACAAUGGACAGGAAGCCGUCGAAGCCGCCAAAAGCGCACCCCGUCCAGAUUCAGGAGAGAAGAGCGCAUUCGACGUCAUCCUCAUGGACAAUCAGAUGCCCGUGAUGGAUGGGAACGAAGCCGCCAGGGCGAUUCGAAAAUUCGAAAAAGACAGCAAUCUCGAGCGAAUACCGAUCCUGGGCGUCACUGCGAACGUCCGCGGCGCGCAGCAAGACGAGAUGAUGGAGAGCGGCAUGGACGACGUGAUGAGCAAACCCUACAAGAUCGAGGACCUGGUUGCUAAAAUCAGCGAAUUUGCUACGAACGCCAGAGAGAACGCCGAAAGUGGAAAGGAUAAUGCCGCCGUAAAUCAGCAGCAACGACAGCAAUAG